AACAAUCCCAGAGAGUCCUAUGCGCCCGGUCAUGUGCGGCAAAAAUUUAACGGACAUGAUUCUCUAACACUCGCUCUACAUAACUUGCUCUUCCAUCGCUAGGGUUUUGCUCGAACACUUCGCCGGCGGCGGAUCGAUUCGAAGCUAGUGGCUGCCGUUCAUCAGAUCAGAUAACUUUUUGAACAAGAUUAGAUGGCUCCAAAAGCUACCUCGAAGAAACCUGAUGACAAAGUGCAGGCUGAGAAAGUUGCCAAGGCUGUGAAGUUGGGAUCAACUCUUAGGAAGAAGGGCAAGAAGAUUAGGACCUCUGUUACUUUCCAUCGGCCGAAGACACUUACAAAGCCCAGAAAUCCUAAAUACCCCAGAAUCAGUGCUCCACCAAGAAACAAGUUGGAUCACUAUCAAAUUCUCAAGUAUCCCUUGACCACUGAAUCUGCAAUGAAGAAAAUCGAAGACAACAACACACUCGUCUUCAUCGUCGACCUUAGAGCUGAUAAGAAGAAGAUCAAGGCCGCGGUAAAGAAAAUGUAUGAUAUUCAGGCAAAGAAAGUGAAUACUCUGAUCAGGCCUGAUGGAACUAAGAAGGCAUAUGUGAGAUUGACGCCUGACUACGAUGCCCUUGAUGUUGCGAAUAAGAUUGGUAUCAUCUGAAUGUGACGAUGGUGAUUUGCUUGAUUACAUCAGAUUUGGCAGUUGAAUUUAGAGUUUAUUCUAAGAACUUUUGAAAUAUCGCCUCAAGUUUCUUUUUAAUGUGUUGUGUUUUGUAAAAACCUUUUGAUAGUCUUGCAAAACAAGCCUUAAUAUUCUCUACUGAAACUCCAGCGAGGUUUCAGUGUGUAUGUAUCUCAAAAUCAAGUCAUGUGAUUAAAAAAAAAUGAUUAAUUAAGUUAGAUAACAUCGAACAUGGGGCAAUCUUCAUCCUA